AAAAUGGAAAAGAUCGAGGCGGAAACCCAGUGGCUGCGGUUCACGAUUCUUCCAAAGAUUUUAAAAAGUGGGCGACUGGUGGACAACUACAGCGAUUCCAAGGAUGACACCUUUGUAAUUAGAGAUAUCGAUGUCGAUGUGAUUGGUCAUUCUGAGGCCUUUAUGCUGACAUUUUGCUACAGGACUACCAUCAACUUUGAAUAUGACGGGGAGAAGUAUCAGCGAAAAAUGGUCGUUAAGAAAACCCCUAUGAUGCCCCCAGAAGUUUAUGAGUCCAUUCAGUUUGGAGCUCUCUUCAGCAACGAGAUCAACUUCUACACGGAAAUUCUGCCAGAAAUACAGAAGUUGGCCGGAGGAAAGUUUGCCGCACCCAAGUAUUAUUACAGUGAGUUGAAUCAGUAUUCGGCGGUGGCCAUUCUGGAAAACUUCGCGGAGCAGGGAUGGCGGGUGACCAAGGAUCGGGUGGGUCUCAGUCUGGAACACGCCUUGAUCGCCGUGGAUUAUCUGGGCAAGUUCCAUGGCUUUGCCUACGCCAUGAAGCACAAGAGUCCCGAGAAGUUCUCCCAGCUGACCGAGCAGCUGAAGGAAUCUCGUUAUGCCAGCGAUGUCAUUCAUCCGGAGUGGGCACUCAUCAUGAAGACGAGCAACGAGCGGACAGCCAAGGCGGUGGCCAAAUUUCAGCCGCAGAUUGACGAGGAAUUUGUGAAGAAGCUGGGCUUCCUGAUCGCCGACUAUAACCUGUAUGGGCGCCAAAGGGUAGCACCGAGAGAACCACUGGCCACCCUUUGCCAUGGAGACUAUGUGAGGAAUAACGUGGCCUACAGGUAUAACAAUCAGGAGGUGCCGCAGGAGAUCAUGAUGUUCGACUACCAGACUCUUCGUGUCUCUUCUCCCAUGAUCGAUCUCGCGGUCUUCCUGGCCGUAUCCACCUAUGCCGAUGUGCGCUAUCCCAAUUUUGAUAAAAUCUUCGAUGAAUAUUGCUCGGCGCUGUAUGACAGUUAUAGGUUGAAUGCCAAGGCGGAGGUUCCCGAGUCCAUGAGUCGGGAGGAGCUUCUCAAGGAGUAUGUGCGAUUCCUGCCCUAUAGCGUGUCCAUUUCGGGCAGCUUCCUGAUGACUUUAGUGGAGCCAUUGGACAUGUCACCGGAGGAGAUGUUUGCCGCCCAGCUGACGGAUCAGGAGAUCAUCGACCGAACAAUGAAUCAGGGAGGGGAAAUUGUGGAUAAGGAGGUUGCCCACCAGGUUAAGGAAAUGCUGGAGCUGAGCCAACUGACUGGUGUCUCCAUAGACGACGGCAUCAAUUUGAACAAGUUGCAGAAAGUGUAAAGAUUUCGAUAGAGU